CAGUUCGAUUUUAGUUUCAAAAUGGCGGAUGCAAAUGCAACGAUCUGCUAUUUGAAUGGUCUCUCUCUUCACACAAUCAAUGAAGUCGAGAAGAUUUUGCUUGCUUUGCCAAAGAAAGGCGAUCGCUGUGAAGUUCAAAUGUCCAAACCGUUGAAUAGAUGUAUCGGGCGUAGUACUGGUGACGUCAUUGCUUCUAGGAGCGUGCAGAUCCGUGAUGAGCCAAAACCAUUGUCUCUGUCGCCGCAGAAAUCUGAGCAGGAAAUCAAGAAGUCGUCGAAGAGCAAGAAACUUUCCGAAGACUGUUGUUUGAGAUCGAUUAAGGAAAGAGUGGAGAUUGUGGAAACUCGCAACGGUUCGGAUGCUUUUGGCGCAAAGAAACUUCAAUACAAGGUGUUGACUGAUCAGGUUCGUGUCUCGCCAAUCGUUUCAUGCAACGGAGUGACUUUGGAGUUGGAUGUCGAGGUGACAAUUCCGGAUCGUGAUGAGAAGAAGAAAUUGAAGUUGGAGAUCGAUCGCACCUUGUCUGUCUUGAUCUUGUCUAUCCGAAAUCAUUGAUUGAGAAUCUGCCUUCUCUACCUUGUUCUUGAAAAUGUUGCUGAGAAACUUCUUGAAAAUAAUUUAUAUUAUAGUCACAACAAGCAUUGUCAUUCAUCGAUGAAU